GUUGAAAUUUCUGGAUUAAAAAAUAUCAGAGAAAGCAAUUAGUUGCAUCCAUUUGAUAUUAUUAUAGAAAAAGUUGUAAAAGUAUUAGUAAUUUUGUACUAGUAAUACAAAAUUGACAUGUAGUGCUCAAAUUUUUCCUGUUCCCUGUGUUAGAAGCAGCUGGCGCUAAUCUCAAAACAACAGUGUUGUUGAACCGGUCAGCAAGAAGUGGAAUUUUCAACCUUGUAAAGGGAAUGGAUUGACUGGUUUGGGUAACAUUAAGUAAUACUGAGGCGAUUUAUCACUGUGGAUGAGCAUUUGGGAAACAUACUGAACUGUGCCAACAAUUUUACUAAUGAUUAUAUGCUUAUGUGACCGAAAAAUUGUGAGAGGAUUGCUGUCUAUAUGCUGCUCGGACUGCAUGUCCCCCUGCAUUUGAAUUGUAUCCAGAAACAUGAAAAGCAUGAGCAAGCAGCUCUGCCAACCAUCUUGACUGAGAUAGAGACAGGGGAAAAAGAUGAGUGAGAACAAGGCACAGAAAUGGAAUAGGAGUUUUUUCUCUUCACUUACUACAGCACGCGUCAGAAAAUGGAGGUCCAAACCCAGGUCCAAAUCUGACGCCACUACCCUUGAUGGGUUGGAAGAAAAAGGUAGCCGUAAAAUACAGAAAAACAAUACCAAGAAUGGCAAAGUUAUCAGUAACUCUAAUCCAGAGGUGCAAAAAUUCAGCAUCUCGGUUGAAGAGUUUCAAAUAGAAAAUAAUUUGAACACCCGAGCGUUCAGAAGCAACAGCUGCUGCUCCAAGACAAGCCAUGAAGAUGAAUCAAUGCCAAGUGAAAGUGAAAGUGAGAGGCAGGUCUCACCUGUUUUGCCUGUGAAAAAGGAAGAGAAGUGCCAAGCAUUAGCUGCUGAAUUGGAAGCGUGCACAAAACCCAGCUCUGUCUCCUUGCUGAACAUGUUACGAGACUUGUCAUCUGUGAUAAAAUACAACGAGUGCAUAACUGUGCUGGAAGAGAUAUGUGAAAGAUGUUCCUUUGUCGGUGCAAUAGUAGAACAAAUGAAAAGACUGCCCAAACAUGUCGAUGUUCAGAAGUGUGGCUGCAAUCUCCUGUGUGACUUGGCCUUUGCCAGUGGGAAGUUAAAACAGCAGAUCCAGACCACAGAUUGUGCACUACACGUCCUGUAUUUGCUUGAUAUCCAUGCCGAGAAUGGCUCAAUCCAGGCAGCUGCCUUGAAAACCAUUGGUGUUCUGGCACAGUCAGCCCCUGUGAGACAACUGCUGUUGGAAAGAGACAAAGACUUAUUGGGGAAGUUGUUGGUGGCUUUGAGCUCCUUCCAGAACCAGCCAGAUGUUCCUGCCCGGGCCUGUUACGCUCUGAGGAUGAUUCUGGAUACAGACAAAGAGACCUAUGACAGCCUGAUGAAUGGGGAGGAGUAUCGCCUGGUGAUCGAUGCCCUCAAGAAAAACCCUCACUCUGUGCCCGUUGUCCUAGAGGCCUGUAAUAUGAUGAGAGAUCUGAUGAAACUUGGUAGCCCCCUUCUCCUCCACCACCAGGAGCCAGACCUGGCCAGCCUGAUCUGCAAGUGCCUCAAGGAACACGUAGAGAACAAGGAGGUGUUUGUGGCAUGCUUAGGAGUGCUGGAGAAGCUGAGCAUGAAUGCUGAUGUUCAGCAACAGUUGCUGGAGGAAGAAUUGCAUGUUUUUGUCCUGAAUGGGCUGAUGAAAAACCCCGAGGAUGUGAAUCUGCAGGCCUUUGGUCUUGGGGUAUUGGCAAAUAUGGCUGCCUCCGUUCUUAAUUUUGAAUUACCCCAGUCCUUGGACGAGGAGAUGUGGCUGAAGCAGGUGUAUAUUGCCAUGAGGGAGCACUUUGGGGAACCCUCAGUACAGGAAGUAGCAUGCCAGUUACUUUCCCAAUUGUUAGAGCACUGCCCAGAUCUAAUAGACAAAAUUGGCGAGGAUUCUGAGAAAAACCAGGACCCAAUACACGCUCACUGUCUUGGUGUCAUCCUCAUGCAUGGUCGGGAUGCAGAUGUAUUCAUCGCUGCCUGCAACGCCAUCUACUGGCUAGCUGCUGAUAAUACACGUUUGCGCACAUUUCUCACUGAUAGAAAUGCAUAUAUUGCCAUCUUGCACGGCAUGAAGCUCCAUAAAAAGCUGCCCAAGGCGCAAGAAUAUGCAUGUAAGGCUAUACGGGGACUUUGCAUAUUCAGUGAAGACAACAAGAAACUAAUGAUGCAUCAGGGCACCCUCAACUACUUGAUUCGUGCCCUCACCAUAUUUCCAACGGAAGUCGGAGUUCAGAUUGAGGCCACGGCGGCCAUUGCCUGCCUCGCUGAUGUGGAAAUAAUGCGUAAUGAGCAAGUGUUGAAGAAAGUCCACAGGCGUGUGUUGAGUGCCAUGAAGACACAUCGCACAUCAGAUAAUCUGCAGGAAGUCGGCAUGGAGGCUCUGUCAAUCUUCGCUGCUGCAGCUGGUGGAGUGCAACUGCUGAACGACAUCGAAGCUUUGACACAAAUCGUGGAUGCCAUGAGCCGGUUCAAAGACAGCUUUGUUAUCCAGAAGAAGGGCCUGAUGCUGAUACAGCUCCUGGCAGAGGGAGCCACUAUUGCCAAAGAUCAAGAAAAGGUGCUCGCCAAAGUGAUCAUGAAUGCCAUGCGGAAUUUCGAGGAUUCAUUGACUGUGCAGGCAGAGGGCUGUGUGGCUAUACAGGUGCUAGCAGAAAACAAGGAGGAAUUCAGUGACGUCCUCGUUGAAAUUGGUGCUCAUGAAUGUUUGUUUGACAUCCUGGAGGAAUUUGAUGAAAGACCUCAAUACUUGCUUGAUCUUGCCAGCGAGUGUCUAUAUGUGCUGAGCUGUGUUAGAGAUCUCAAGUCCAGAAUGUUACUGACUGCUUGCAUGAAAGGCAUGCUACAGAGUGUGGAGUGUUUGGUGGAACUUGGUGCUGAUGUCAAUAUAGGUUCUGGUCACAGGACUCCUCUGUGUUAUGCUGUGCUGAGAGGACAUGAAAACUUGGUGAAAUUUUUGUUAAAACAGGGUGCCACCGAUCUCCCUCGCGCAUUACGGCUUAGCCUCGAACAAGAAGACAAUGACAGCAUCACGGGAAUACUGCUGAAAUACAUAGGCCACAAUAAGCAAAGUGGCCUCGGCUCUUUUAGUGGUCUUAAUCUAGGUGCUCUUAAACCUAGUUGGCUCUUCCCAACUUUGACUGGAACCACAUUCGUUGCUCCCGUGUCUGAGGAGCUUGACACAAUACAGUUACCUUAA